AUGUAUCCCGCCCCCGCCGCCAUCUUCCAUGUUUUCCUCCUGUACCAAAUAGAGUAAUUCCAAUAUUGAAUGCAUCAUUUUCUAACACUUUAAUACAUUAAAUCACUGGCUUCUCCAGCUGAGUGGAGGGAGGGAGCUCACCUGAAGUUUCUGCGACCUGUUUAGCCCACCAUGUACAUCAAACAGGUCAUCAUCCAGGGGUUCCGGAGUUACAGGGACCAGACUGUGGUAGACCCUUUCAGUCCAAAGCACAAUGUCAUCGUUGGCAGAAAUGGGUCGGGGAAAAGUAACUUUUUCUACGCCAUCCAGUUUGUGCUCAGUGAUGAGUUCAGUCACUUGCGACCUGAGCAGCGUCUGGCCCUGCUUCAUGAGGGAACCGGUCCCCGUGUCAUCUCAGCUUUCGUUGAGAUUAUAUUUGACAACUCUGACAACCGACUGCCGAUUGACAAAGAGGAAGUCUCUCUCCGACGUGUCAUUGGCGCCAAAAAGGACCAGUAUUUCUUAGACAAGAAGAUGGUGACUAAAAAUGAUGUCAUGAACCUUCUGGAGAGUGCCGGCUUCUCCCGCAGUAACCCCUACUACAUCGUCAAGCAGGGAAAGAUCAACCAAAUGGCCACAGCCCCCGACUCUCAGCGCCUGAAGCUGCUGAGGGAAGUGGCGGGAACUCGUGUGUAUGAUGAACGCAAAGAGGAGAGUAUCUCUCUCAUGAAGGAGACAGAGGGGAAGCGAGAGAAGAUCAAUGAGCUGCUGAAAUACAUCGAGGAGCGUCUGCACACCCUGGAAGACGAGAAGGAGGAGCUGGCUCAGUAUCAGAAGUGGGACAAGAUGAGAAGAGCCCUGGAGUACACCAUCUACAACCAGGAGCUGAAUGAAACCCGGGCUAAGCUGGACGAGCUGUCAUCCAAGAGAGAAACCUGUGGAGACAAAUCCAGACAGCUGCGCGAUGCUCAGCAAGACGCUCGUGACAAAGUAGAGGAGACGGAGCGUGUUGUGCGUGAGCUGAAGUCCAAGAUAUCCGCCAUGAGGGAGGAGAGGGAGCAGCUAUCGGCCGAGCGCCAGGAGCAGAUCAAGCAGAGGACCAAGCUCGAGCUGAAGGCCAAGGACCUGCAGGACGAGCUGGCAGGCAACAGCGAACAGAGGAAACGCCUGCUGAAAGAGCGUCAGAAGCUAUUGGAGAAAAUUGAGGAGAAGCAAAAAGAGCUGCAGGAGACGGAACCCAAAUUCAAUAUGGUGAAGGAGAAAGAGGAGCGCGGCAUUUCUAGACUGGCUCAGGCAACACAGGAGAGGACAGACCUGUACGCCAAGCAGGGCAGAGGCAGCCAGUUCACCUCCAAGGAAGAGAGAGACAAAUGGAUCAAGAAGGAGCUAAAGUCUCUGGAUCAGGCCAUCAAUGAUAAAAAGAGGCAGAUCGCGGCCAUCCACAAAGAUCUGGAGGACACCGAAACCAACAAGGAGAAGAACCUUGAGCAGUACAAUAAACUUGAUCAAGAUCUAAACGAGGUCAAGACCCGCGUUGAGGAGCUUGACAAGAAGUACUAUGAAGUGAAGAACAGGAAAGAUGAGUUGCAGAGUGAACGAAACUACCUGUGGCGUGAGGAGAAUGCAGAGCAGCAGGCUCUCGCGGCCAAACGAGAGGACCUGGAGAAAAAGCAGCAGCUCCUCCGAGCGGCCACCGGCAAGGCUAUUUUGAACGGCAUUGACAGCAUCAACAAAGUCCUUGAGCAUUUCCGUCGAAAGGGCAUCAACCAGCAUGUCAUCAACGGCUACCACGGCAUCGUCAUGAAUAACUUUGAGUGUGAGCCCGCCUUUUACACCUGCGUGGAGGUGACAGCUGGUACCAGGUUGUUCUACCACAUCGUGGAGACUGAUGAAGUCAGCACCAAAAUCCUGAUGGAGUUCAACAAAAUGAACCUUCCCGGAGAAGUCACAUUCCUGCCUCUGACCAAGCUGGAUGUCAGGGACACUGCAUACCCGGAAACCAAUGAUGCCAUCCCCAUGAUAAGCAAGCUGCGCUACAGCACCAACUUUGACAAAGCCUUCAAGCACGUAUUUGGAAAGACCCUGAUCUGUCGCAGCAUGGAGGUGUCCACUCAGUUAGCCAGAGCCUUCACCAUGGACUGUAUCACUCUGGAGGGUGACCAGGUGAGCCACCGUGGAGCUCUGACCGGAGGCUAUUACGAUACCAGGAAGUCUCGUCUGGAGCUGCAAAAGGACAUGAGGAGGGCCGAGGAGGAGCUGAGUGAGCUGGAGGCCAAGCUCAAUGAGAACCUGCGCAGGAACAUUGAACGUAUCAACAACGAGAUCGACCAGCUGAUGAACCAGAUGCAGCAGAUAGAGACACAGCAGAGGAAGUUUAAAGCCUCCAGAGACAGCAUCCUGUCAGAGAUGAAGAUGCUGAAGGAGAAGAGGCAGCAGUCGGAGAAGACCUUCAUGCCUAAGCAACGCAGUCUCCAAAGUCUGGAGGCCAGCCUGCACGCCAUGGAGUCCACCAGGGAGUCACUGAAGGCCGAGCUGGGAACAGAUCUGCUCUCUCAGCUCAGCCUGGAGGACCAGAGGCGUGUUGAUGAUCUCAAUGAUGAGAUCCGACAACUCCAGCAGGACAACAGGCAGCUGUUGAAUGAGAGGAUCAAGCUCGAGGGCAUCAUGACCAGAGUGGAAACGUACCUCAACGAGAACUUACGGAAGCGUCUCGACCAAGUGGAGCAGGAGCUGAAUGAGCUGCGAGAGACGGAGGGAGGCACAGUGCUCACAGCCACAACAUCCGAGCUGGACGGCAUCAACAAGCGUGUGAAAGACACUCUGUCACGAUCAGAAGAUCUGGAUACUCUCAUUGACAAGAAUGAGGGGGAGAUAAAGGACCACAUAAAGAGCAUGGACCGCUGGAAGAACAUUGAGAAGGAGCAGAACGACGCCAUCAACCACGACACCAAGGAGCUGGAGAAGAUGACCAACAGGCAGGGCAUGCUGCUUAAGAAAAAAGAGGAGUGCAUGAAGAAGAUCAGAGAGCUGGGCUCGCUGCCUCAGGAGGCCUUUGAGAAGUACCAGACCCUCACACUGAAACAGUUGUUCAGAAAACUGGAGCAGUGUAACACAGAGCUGAAGAAGUACAGUCACGUCAACAAGAAAGCUCUGGACCAGUUUGUCAACUUCUCCGAGCAGAAGGAAAAGCUGAUCAAGCGUCAGGACGAGUUGGACCGUGGAUACAAAUCCAUCAUGGAGCUCAUGAACGUCCUGGAGCUGCGCAAGUACGAGGCCAUCCAGCUCACCUUCAAACAGGUGUCGAAGAACUUCAGCGAGGUCUUCCAGAAGUUGGUGCCAGGGGGCAAAGCUACGCUGGUGAUGAAGAAGGGUGACGCCGAAGGCAGCCAGUCGCAGGAUGAGGGCGAGGGCGGCGCUGACAGCGAGAGAGGCUCCGGAUCUCAGAGCAGCGUUCCAUCAGUGGACCAGUUCACCGGAGUCGGCAUCCGGGUGUCGUUCACGGGGAAGCAGGGCGAGAUGAGAGAAAUGCAGCAGCUGUCUGGAGGCCAGAAGUCUCUGGUGGCUCUGGCUCUGAUCUUUGCCAUCCAGAAGUGUGACCCCGCUCCUUUCUACCUGUUUGAUGAGAUCGACCAGGCGCUCGAUGCCCAGCACAGAAAGGCUGUCUCAGACAUGAUCGUGGAGCUGGCGGGUCACGCCCAGUUCAUCACUACAACCUUCAGGCCUGAGCUGCUCGAGUCCGCAGACAAGUUCUACGGAGUCAAAUUCAGAAACAAGGUGAGUCAUAUCGAUGUGAUCACAGCGGAGCAGGCCAAAGACUUUGUGGAGGACGACACCACCCAUGGUUAAUGGUCUUCAGCUUCUCCCCCUCCUCCAUCUCCUCUUCCUCCUCCACCUCUCCAGUGCACUGAGCCUGAAGCCUUCCACAACAAGGUCCAGAGACAGAAAAUCCCAAUCUAUCCACCAGCCUUUUGUUAAAGCAGAUUAAAAACGCAGCAUCUCUGUCCACAUCUGAAGAUCUGGAUUCAUUUAGCUCAAUCUAAAAACACUCAAAUGACUCAGAGUGCGUGAUAUUUACAGUAUUUAGUCUUCAUCCCCGGCUUAUCAAACACCAAAUUUGAGGAAAACGUGUUAACGUUGAGAAUCUGCGAUCAGGGGAAUUUGGUUUCCUGCUCGUCCCCAUACACUGAAAUAAAUCUCUCAUUCUGCGUAAAGACAUCCUGAAAGAGCUCUCGGUACCUUUUUGUUACUGUGUUGAAUUUUCCUGACCAACGUUUUUUUAUAUAUAUAUAAUUUGUAAACUGGGAAAUGCCAGAGACGCUCUUAAGAUUGCAAACCUUUAGGAUCUUUCCAGACGCAAAUUAUUCUGUGUACAGUUCAGACCGUUUCCACGACUCUGACGUGGAGUAUCUGCAGACAUAGAGGGACUUAAGCUAACCUUGAUUUGUGUUUUUGUUGGCGCCCUUAGAAAGCGUUCUGUAAUGUAUACUCUUUGUACUCAUGAAACGAUGCUUACUCGUAUCCCUGAUAACCAGCUCCAUGGCUCGGUAUGUUCAAAGGUUGUGGUUCCUUUCUAUGGUUGUUACUUUCAUGUGUAUUCUCCUGUUUUUAGGUCAGUUCGAUAUAUAUGAACGGUUUGAUUCCAGGCAUCCAGUUUGGACACUCGAAAAAGCUCCCUGAGAAACUGAGUAAAUGUUAAAUACAGAAAUCAAUAACUCACUUUUAUUUGGACCUGAAACGACUCGUUCCUCCAGUCGUAAGCCAACUUUCCCCUUUUUUAAUCUCCAUACUGGAUGAUUGUUUGGGAUGAAUCUGAUCAUAUGUUGACUUAGCGUCAGACCUGCAUUUUUAAAUGUUUUGACUUCUUUUUAUGUAAUUAGAAAAGUUACAAAAAUAAUAAAAGUUUCUAAAAUACA